AAAUGAAUAAAGAAAGAAUAAAAGCAAAAAGCAGGGAGCAAAGCACACUGCGAGAUUCUCUGCUUCUUCUCUUCUUCUUGUUCCGAAAGCCAAGGGAACACAUAUCAUCAUAUAACAUGAGAAGAAAGAAGAAUCACUAAAAUCAGAGAAAAUUUCAGGGGUCAUUCUCUCUAAAAUACCCUUGAAUUUUCUCUGGAAUUUCCAUUUUACUUCUAACGUGACACGCACACCCCAUCACCAUAGCCAUACCCAAAAACCCAGAACCAACCGUGUACGAGGAAAAGCUGCAAUUUUUUUUCUUAAAAAAAUAAACCAUCAUAUUCAUAAUGCUGUGUAAACUCGUUCCGGUGCCGCGCAAGAAAAAACCCGGUUCUUACCCGGUUCACCUUAACGUCUAUGAUCUUACCCCGAUUAACGGUUAUGCUUAUUGGCUUGGCCUCGGUGUUUACCAUUCUGGUGUUCAAGUUCAUGGUGUUGAGUAUGGAUUUGGAGCGCAUGAGCGUGAUGCGACUGGUAUAUUUGAAGUGGAACCUAGACACUGUCCUGGAUUUACUUUCAGAAAAUCAAUUUGCAUUGGAUGGACGGAUCUGGGGGCGAAGGAUGUUCGGUUGUUCAUGGAGAAGCUAGCUGAAGAGUAUUCUGGGAAUACCUACCAUCUUAUCCAGAAAAACUGCAACCACUUCUGUAAUGAUGUUUGCGUCAGAUUAACAGGAAAGUCAAUCCCUCGAUGGGUAAAUCGGCUUGCUCGACUUGGUUUUCUCUGCAACUGCGUUCUUCCACCGAGCCUAAAUGAAACGAAAGUUCGCCAAGUUACAUUAGACAGGGUUCAAGACGGGGAAAAGAAGAAAAUGAGAAGCCAGUCCAGCAGGUACGAGGCUUCCCCCAACCCUCCAUUGUCUAGUAGUCAAAGACAUUGCCUUCCUCCGUCGUCAUCUGUAAUUAAUGCUUCUUCAUCCUCAACCAUAACAGUAAAGUAAAGCUUUGACAGGGGUCAGCUCCAAAAUAUAGGCUGUUAGAAUCGUGUAAGCAAUCAAAGAUGGGCAGAGAAGCAACUUUUUCAUCUGCCCCAUCUUUCUGUUCUCUUGUAUAUCCUUCAUUGUGUGGCAAUGGCUAAAAUGAAAUGGUGGCGUUGUCUAUUUUCUCUUUAAAUGCUUGCUUUCUAUAGUGGGCAGAAAGGGUCUUUAUUUCUAGAUUUUUGGGUUAUGCAUCUCGGAAUCAAGAUUUAUCUAUUAACUGCUGAUGUAGCAUAUGGUAAUGUGUUCAUUGUGUUGGAUAGUGUACAUUUGCCGAAGUAUGAAUGUGAGACAAAGUAAGAGUGAUGGUAUGUUUUGAGGGCAAUAAAGAGCAAAUAGCACUAAUUGGAGUCCAAAUUUCUCUACCUAGUGCUUUAGAUACUGAAUCUAAUUAAGGUUCUCAACAUGCAAUAUGUGAAAAGUUAAGAAAAGCAGAAAAUUUGGGGAUGCUAUAUUCAGCAAAUUAGCUUGAAAUAUAGUGUCCUAGCUUUGCUUUGCUUUCUGGAUACUGAAAUCCAAAUUAGGCCUUGGAUCUUAUAAUUUUG